AUGUCGUGUAGAAGAAGUUUUAAUUUGAACUACGUCACACUGACGCUUUUUACAUUAUUUCUAAAAUAUCAAAUAGAAUUAGUAAAAUGCAAGAAUUUAGCGAAUUAUGUUACUUACACAGUUGCCCCUGAAUACGAAAAAUACGUUGAUGAUACAGAACUCAAAUCCAGGAUCAAUGAUAAACAAUCGCGCAUUGAAACUGAACUUCAAGAUCAGAUUAAACGUGCAAAAACCAUAAAUGAAUCACUUAAGAUUUUGCAGCGGAAUGGUGCCAUCAUAUCUGAUAAUGGAAUGCCUGACGGCAUUAAAUUUCAGGAGUCAACUAUUGGCUUGACGGAAGCACCUGUAUUUCUGAUUGAACCACCACUACUACUACCACUUGAUGAAUUCCAAGAUGACGAAUUUUCUGAAUAUUUGAUGACUAAAUCUGGCCUAAAUCCCAUGCAUAAGUCAGUAGAGGAAGCUGAUAUUGACAAGUUGAUGAAUCCGCAUAACAUCACAGACUUGAAAGAAGCGAAGAUUGCCAAGGCAUUAUUUAAACAGGAGUUAAAACGACUUAUGGAUGAGAAGAAGAUUCUGUUAGAUAGGAUGGAGGAAUUAGAAAUGGAGAUGGCUGUCGAUGGCAGUAAAAGUGCAAAAAGAAAGUUCAGCAACUGCUCCAGGGAAAUACAUGAAUUGGACUCCAAUAUAGAGGAUUACAUGGAUAAAAUAGACAAAGUUAAUAGAGUUAAACGGUCAAUCAUUAAGAGGGAAGGUUAUGACUCUGAGCUGAUCGACGAUGAAAUUGAGAUAGAGAAUAUAGAGAAAGAGCUUAAGGACCAAACACACACAAGCACUGAGGCCUCUAUAAACAAAAAAGAACACCAUGAUAAUAAAACAAAUCGUAACAAAGAUAAAAAUGUAUACUCUAAUAAAUCAAACAAAGAAAGUGAUAAUGAUGAUGACGAUGAUGAGAAAGAUAAUGAAAGUGAGGAAGACACAAAAAAAGAUGAUGAAAUUGAUGUGGAAGACAAUGAAGAUGAGGAUUAA